AUGGCGGUAAGGACGGAGGAAGAGGAUGAGGGGUUAGAGAUGUCGUAUGAGUACUCGUCUUCGGACGUGCAGGAGUCGCUUUCGUCUGAUAUAUUGGAGUAUGAGAAGGAGUAUUUUGCAGAAAGUGUGUCUGAAUCGAGCGAUGAGCACGAAGCCUGUGCAUGGGAGGACAGCGAUGACGAUGAGAAGCUUCGCAGGAAUUACCACAGAACAGCAAGCUGGAUUGGCACGAAGAAAGCAAGGAAACAGAUAGAGGUUCAGAAGAAGAAACUGAAGUUUGGGUAUGAGCGGCAUGUGUUCAGCUGCCAAUGCAGAAUCAAGCUUGCAAAGGCACAUGGAGAUUACCUGGUGCUUGUAGAUGCAUACAACAGCAUAUACAUUCUGAAGGAUCUUGAGGUAUGCAAGGUUCUCAGGAUUGAGAUGUUUGGAGCAUCUGACUUUGUUUUUGUUGAAGGAGGCAUGCUGUUUUCAUCACUGAAAUACGGAGGAUUCAAAGAGGUUGCAUUUACAGGCGAGGUCAAGGAUAUCAAGGUCAGGACGACGGAAUGCAUAAGGAAAAUGGUCAGUGUUGAGAAUGGAAUCUAUGUUGUUGGGGAGCAGAUUGUAUUACUGAACAGUAGCUACGGGGUUGUGCAAGAGUUUGAUGGACGAUUCCGGGACAUUGCGGUUUCUUCGGAUGCAGUGUACUGCUUGGGCUUCAAUGGAGAUAUUAUUGUGAUGACACGGGGCUUACAUCCCAUCAACAAGGUGAGCUUUGACGACAAGUUUGACUUCAAAUCUGUAUAUUUUGUGAAUGGCAAGGUUGUGAUUGGAAUGAGCCUGGGCAUCAAGAUCUUUGACCGGCACAUGAAUCUGCUAAAUGAGGCCAUGAAUAUGAAGGACGAGAUUACAGGGUGUGUUGAGCACAACGGAUACAUCCUGUAUGGAUCGGACUACUCAAACUCGUUGAAGAUUGUUCUUCCGGACCUGAAAUGUUUUGAUGGGUUCCCAUUCAACACGAUCCGUGUUUCGCCAAUGAAGGCAUUGGUUUCCGAUGGAAAGAGGAUUCUUAUAUGCUAUAGAAAGGCAGUUGAUGUGCUGAGGAUGAAGGUGUGA